CCGGGCGUCUAGGCCGCCGGGGCGCUCGGCUGUGGGAACCCGGCGUCCCCACUUUCGGUUUCCGCCGCUGAGGCGGGAAGUGCGUUCUGAAGUCGGAGGUCGUGCAGGCUCACUCUCUUCUGCUCCCCGUCGUGUGGCGGGGAGGUUACCAUCCCCCCGCGCCCCGAACCCCCGGGGCCACCGCCUCCCUCGCCCCUCUCUCCGCGGCGGUCUCUCCUCUCGAGGCUUUUCCCCACGCCGUCUCCUGCGUCAGAUGUCUUUUCCAGACGAGCCCCCCACCCUGGCAAAGCCUUGACUACUUCUGCCUGGCUUUAUUCAUGUUUUGAGGAAGGAGUAAGAAGGAGCCAUGGAUCCUGCAGCAUUGGUGGAAGCCAUUGUGGAAGAAGUGGCCUGUCCCAUCUGCAUGACCUUUCUAAGGGAGCCUGUGAGCAUCGACUGUGGCCACAGCUUCUGCCACAGCUGUCUCUCUGGACUAUGGGAGGUCCCAGGAGAAUCCCAGAACUGGGGUUAUACCUGUCCCCUCUGCCGGGCUCCUGUCCAGCCAAGGAACCUGCGGCCUAAUUGGCAGUUGGCCAAUGUUGUAGAAAAAGUUCAUCUGCUGGGGCUACAUCCAGGAAUGGGGCUGAAGGGCGAUGUGUGUGAGCUCCACGGGGAACAGCUGAAGAUGUUCUGCAAAGAGGAUGGCCUGAUCAUCUGUGAGACCUGCAGCCAGUCCUCUGAGCAUGAGGCCCACAGUGUUGUGCCCAUGGAGGAUGUCACCUGGGAAUAUAAGUGGAAACUCCACGAGGCUCUGGAACAUCUGAGGAAAGAGCAAGAUGAGGCCUGGAAGCUGGAAGUUGAUGAGAGGAAACGAACUGCCAACUGGAAGAUACAGGUAGAAAUCCGAAAGCAGAGUAUUACAUGGGAGUUUGAGAAAUACCGGAGAUUACUAAAGAAAAAACAGCCACCAGGUCGGCAACUGGAAGUAGAAGCAGCUGCAGCUCUGGCCAGCCUGGAGCAGGAAGAGGGGGAGACCAUGCAGAAACUAGAGCAGAAUCACAAUGAGCUCAUCCAGCAGAGACAGGCGCUGUGGAAGAUGAUUGCAGAGCUGGAAGAGAGAUCUCAGAGGCCUAUCCACUGGAUGCUACAGGGUAUUGAGGAAGUCUUAAACAGGAGCAAGUCUUGGAGUCUGCAGAGGCCAGAAACAAUCUCCCUGGAGCUGAAGACAGACUGCCGAGUGCUGGGGCUAAGAGAGAUUUUGAAGACAUAUGCAGCUGAUGUGCGCCUGGAUCCAGACACCGCCUAUUCUCGCCUCGUUGUGUCUGAGGACAGAAAAUGUGUGCACUAUGGAGACACCAAGCAGAAUCUACCAGACAAUCCUGAGAGAUUUUACCGCUACAAUAUCGUCCUGGGAAGCCAGUGCAUCUCCUCAGGCCGGCACUACUGGGAGGUGGAAGUGGGAGACAGGUCAGAAUGGGGCCUGGGAGUGUGUAAGGAAAAUGUAGACCGGAAGGAGGUGGUCUAUUUAUCUCCCCACUACGGAUUCUGGGUGAUCAGGCUGCGGAAGGGAAAGGAGUACCGAGCAGGCACCGAUGAAUACCCUCUCCUGUCCUUGCCAGUCCCUCCCCGCCGGGUGGGGGUCUUCUUGGAUUAUGAGGCCCAUGAUAUCUCCUUCUACAAUGUGACUGACAACGGCUCCCACAUUUUCACUUUCCCUCACUAUCCCUUCCCUGGACGUCUCCUGCCCUACUUUAGUCCUUGCUACAGCAUUGGAGAAAACAACACGGCUCCUCUGGCCAUCUGCCCCUUGGAUGGGGAGGACUAAGAGGGACACCAUCCUAGCUAGAGGCCGUGAAAGUUUUGCCUGGCCCACUAGGGCCUUGGAGGGCCCUGCCACCAAUAAGGAUCCCCUUGAACUGAGCUGAGUCUAGGAUUCAGGGUGUCCUCUGCCUGACCCCAUAGUCUACUGCUACUGGGCCAAGAUCUCUCACUAAAUUACUCAAGUGAAAAAGCUGAGGCUCAGUCAGAUGAGCAUGGCAUCCCUGGGAGGGAAGCACAAUGGGGCUGAGAGCGAGGAUCAGAGCAGUGGUAAGAUAACAUGUUGGUGUAAGAGUCAGGACUCUGUCAUUUCUGUAGCUCAUGCUCCUCUAAGCCCAGUCCUUGUUGGGUGCCAUGAUGAAGUCAGUCAGGACGAUUGAAGUAGAUCCAGCCUACAGGAGACCCUUUGCAUAAGGCUUACCAAAAAGCCAAAAGAUAGAACUGUUCAUGUCCAGAGCUGGCUGCUGUCCUGAUACCAAUAAAGGAUGCUCUGCCUGA